AUGACGAGCUUUCGUAUGACGGACUCGUCUACAGCUUGCGUCCAACGCUGCCGUAUUCCACAGCUUCCUCUCAUCAAAGGCGGCCUGAUCAACACGUGGAAGCGGCGCUGGUGUGUUCUGAAGGACGAGACGUUCCUCUGGUUCAGGGCGAAGCAGGAGGCUCUGAAGCAGGGCUGGCUUCACAAGAAGGGCGGCGGCUCGUCCACGCUGUCCCGCAGGAACUGGAAGAAGCGCUGGUUCGUUCUGAGACAGAGCAAACUCAUGUACUUCGAGAACGACGGAGAGGAGAAGAUGAAGGGCGUGCUGGACAUGCGCGACGCCAAUGCAACACCAAUAAUCCCUUGGAAGACAUACCGUCAGAAAGUGUGCGGCAAAGUCUAG